AUGCAGUGGCUGGACAAGAGUGGCGAGGCGAAUCUUCGGGUGUUUGUUAACAAUCAAAACACGCCCUUUGCCACUGUCACCCUCCCAUCGCUACAGCCUGAUGAACGGCAGAAACCAACGACGUUUGAUGGCGCGUAUGCUGAGUUAAAGCGGGACGUGCUUGCCUCAUCUGCAAAAGGUGGCAAUUACUUCAUGGAUGCCUCUGGCCUCACUUCCAAUGGAAGGAAUGCAAAUACUUUAUCUGGAAUUAUGCGGGAGGACGUGCAUCCACAGCUGGAGGAUGUCUACCAACGGGUUAUGCGCCGUCUCCAAAGGAAGGCAAACUAUGACGAGAUUGGUUGCCCACCCCUUGCCGUUCAGUUUGGAAUCGUUGAUGCAAUCGACGAGGAGCGAAGCCGAGAUAAGAACGAGUAUGAUGCGGAUGAACCACGCACCUCAGGGCAUUCAACCUUGUUAAACGGCAUUCAUGCCAAAGGUGGUGGUUCAAAGCGAAGGCAACGCGGAAUGGGCUUAGUACGAUCGGCGGCGGCCAGCUCAGUAGGCAGUGAGGUUGAGGAUGAUACUCUUUUCUUGUCGCGGCAGCCGUGUCCCAGGACGCUGCGAAUGGUCCUUGAGCAGGUGACUUCCACUGUAACGGAAAAGCUAAGGCUGGCAGACACGGGAUCGUUGAAGAAUUGCAUUUGUUUCGUAUUUGAGUGCCGCACGUUGUUGGAACGUCUGCUGAAGGAGAUCCCUUCCUACUCGCAGUUUCAAGGGGAAGGGGAACGACUACCGACGGCUUCGCAGACACAGGAGAUGUAUCAAAAGCUUAGGCGGAUACCGGUGGUGCUGCCGUGCGCACAGUUUGAAAAGGAGGCAACCGAUGGCCAUGUUGUGGCUUCUGUGUCCUGCAACGGGUUUCAUCCUCGGAGCCCACUGCUUCAAGCCGGUGGGGAGCCGUCACAGCGAAGGCGGCAGCUGCAGCAAAUGGAGGUGGUAGCCUCUUGUGACUCCUCCUCUGGUCAUGCAGGAGAGAACUCUACCUCGGUUGAGACACAGGGUUGCAGCACCGGCGAAGAGGCACCAGAGACUGCACAUGUGGGCAAUGUUGUCAUCGUCAUUCCCCCCACAUAUGGUAAAAGCCAGAGGGUACAGCAGGGUGGUGGUCGUUCUAUGCGAACGGGAGCGGGUGCGGAGUUCCGUGGCAAUUCUCGCUUUUUUGGAGAAAUGGGCCGCACAAAAGCAUCUGCAACUCCUCUGCGUGAAAGAUCGUUUGAUAUUAAAGGGAUGAAGGAGCCUGUGUCCCCUCUGGCCGUCUCCGCCACGACCGCUACAACCAAUCACACAGCUUCUGUUAUUUCUCAUAGUGGUAGCAAUGUUACUGCGUCGACCGGGGGCCCAGUGCCCUCGCUAUCCCAUGCGGAAAAUGAGUGGCUUGGGAAACAAGUCUUUUCGGUUGGCACCCUCACUGACAUUAACAACAUGUCCGUUGUGAAUCGAGAGGAGUAUGAUGAGCUGCAGGCAUACGCAAGGACGCUUAUUGUGGAGAUUGAGGAGCAAAAGCAAGAAUUGUGUAAGCUUCAGGAACAAUUAAGUGAGGAACGGGAGUACACCACACAAAAGCGGAAGGUGGUUCAAUACCUGCGGGAGACACUUUACAAGGAGUGCAACAUUCUUCGCGCUCAGCUCUCCGCGGCGCAGCAGAGGCAAAUUCAUUAUCAGAGCCUGUUGAAGGAGCAGCAACAGGCUCUUGCACAUGCCUCAAGUGUCGUGAAUGGCGAGGGACGCUCCGGAGUCAGUGUUUCUGCACAUGAGACACCACGUCUUCCAAACAUUAGCGGUACACGUGUUGCCCAGGGUGAGGCCUCCGUGAUAGGGCUUUCCAUGGCUCCAGGUUUUCAUAGUUCUCGGCGUUUCAAUCCAAAUGUCUCUUUUGUAAGUAUGAUCCGUGGUAGUGUUAACGCAGAAGAAAAUGAGGAUGGUAAUUGCUCUGAUGUGGGGGGUGUGUCUCAUGUGCAGAAACACUGA